AGCCUCCCCCUCGUUCUGUAGAACUCUUUGCUCUGCUCUGCUGCUGGACGAUGGCCAUGGAGGUUCUUCUUCGGCCGAUCAAUGCAGCGGCGGCGGCGGCGGCUCUUUCUCCAAAACCGCCGUCUCUACGCUACUCUGUUCAUAGACAGCACCAAAGGCUUGCCUUCCGACAUCUGAAAUCCUCACUUCAUGUUCCAUACAACUUCACCACUCCUCUAUCGUCAUCUCCUCCUUCCCGUUCUUCUGCUAUUCAUUCAGUAUCCGAGAGUCAGGUGAGCGAGGAGGUCGCCUCCGACACCAGAGAAUGGGCGCUACAAGAUUUCUAUUCCUUAAGAAAGGAUGUGGAGACCAUCUCAAGUCGUGUCGAAGAGAUAAGGGCAUCUGCUGGUCUCGAGCAGUUGGAGAGAGAACUUGCAGAUUUGGAGUCGAAAGCAUCCGACAGCGCCCUCUGGGAUGAUCGUGCUAAGGCUCAAGAAACUCUUCUGGCUCUCGCAGAUGUUAAAGAAAAGAUAAAACUGCUUGCUGACUUCAAAACCCAGGUUGAAGAUGCAGAAACAAUUGUUAAGUUGACAGAGGAGAUGGAUGCCAUAGAUGGUGGGCUUCUUGAAGAGGCGACCAACAUUAUUAAAGAACUGAACAAGGCAUUGGAUCGGUUCGAGUUAACCGAGCUUCUCUCUGGUCCAUAUGACAAAGAAGGUGCUGUUAUUGCCAUCACAGCUGGUGCUGGAGGUACCGAUGCACAGGAUUGGGCUGACAUGCUUCUCAGGAUGUAUGUGAGAUGGGGAGAGAAGCAACGCUAUAAAACAAGGGUAGUUGAGAAAUCCAUGGGAGAAGAAGCUGGGAUCAAAUCAGCAACUAUUGAACUUGAGGGGCGCUAUGCUUACGGGUACUUAUCAGGUGAAAAGGGGACCCAUCGUAUAGUCCGGCAGUCCCCUUUCAAUGCAAAAGGUCUUCGUCAGACAAGCUUUUCUGGAGUUGAAGUAAUGCCUCUUCUUCCUGAAGAAUCAAUGGAUGUAGAAAUUCCCGAGGAGGACUUAGAGAUUAGUUUUUCGAGGGCUGGUGGAAAAGGAGGUCAGAACGUGAACAAGGUCGAAACAGCUGUUCGGAUUACCCACACACCAACCGGGGUCACUGUUCGCUGCACAGAGGAGAGAUCCCAACUAGCGAAUAAGAUAAAGGCGUUGAGCCGCCUGAAAGCAAAGCUGCUGGUGAUAGCGGAGGAGCAGCGAGCCUCUGAGAUAAAGCAGAUAAGGGGGGACGCGGUGAAGGCAGAGUGGGGUCAGCAAAUAAGGAACUAUGUGUUCCAUCCAUACAAGCUCGUCAAAGAUGUGCGGACCGGAUACGAAACAUCUGAUAUCACAUCCGUGAUGGACGGUGAUCUGGUGCCCUUUAUCAAAGCUUACCUCAGAUACAAGUACACAAUGUCCUCCACGACCGAAAACUUGAGAUGAUGUAUUUAGUUAAGUUUGUACGAGCUGAGCUUAUAUGAGCGGAAACAAUUGUCCUUGUAGUGUUUAUUUGGUUCUUGAGAUGCUUACAUGUAGCUGUAAUUUGAUUCAAGAGAAAGUUUUGCUUCUAGUAAAAAAUCCAUACCGCAGUCACAUGAA